UAACGUUUACCACAAAUAAUCGACCUCACUCGCCCAGGUUGGUUUCCCCAACAAGUUCUGCCCUGCCCCAUUUCUUUGGUCCCAUUCUUUACUAAACUCUCUGACUUGGCGGGUGUGUCUGUCGUAUGGUCACGUGAAGAUGACUUUGACGAAUUUCUCGGUGUCCGAAAACAUGUUUUGGCGGUUUCAAUGCUUUUCCCACAUCUUCUUUCUGUUCUCGGCCAUUGUGUUCAUCAGCGUGUCAUCCGGAAUCACGCAGAUCAGCGAGGAAUGCCUCCGCUUGCCCGUGGAGAAUUGCACGCUAACCACCCUUACACCGGCCAAAGCGUCGACAGAGGCUCGUCGUACCUUGGAUGUGCUAACUUCCCGUCGAUGUCGGGCCUAUGCCAGAUCUAUCGCCUCUAGUACACUGGUCUGUCUUUACGGACUCUCCUUGGCCCUAUAUUCCACAUUUAGCCUAAUCAUCAACGCUUCUUGCGGAUUCGUCCGACGUAUGGUCAAGUUCCAUUUGGCUUUCAACGUGGUCGAGGGCGUUUUGGCAUUGGCUAAUUUGGUAGCGAUCAGCAUAUUCGAUUUUGCCGUGCACUCCUAUACGGUUUUAUUGCAAUAUGUUCAAGCCGAGGCUGACUCGACGACUUUGAAGACCUCGCCUUUUGAUCCUUGCGCCCGAGACCUAGAACAUAUCUUGGUACAGACUUGCAUGCCUUGCGUGAUCGUGUUCCUGGUCAUCAACAUUCUGAUCCAUGCGUGCAAUCCCAUUGUGAUCAACCACUUGACGGGCUUCAACGUAGAUUUCCGACGUUUGGUCACCUCUCGGGUGAUCAUUCCGGAACUGGACUUUCCCGAUGCGAGCCGACCACGCUUGCCCUCCCAUCGACAUUUCCCUAGCUCGCCCAUCAUUAUGGACAAUCGUUUGCAGCGUGGCAUUUUUGAUUGAUAUGGAAAAACCUGGCCUUUACCAACGUGAAUGGUCCUAAAUAAUAUAUUCUUUUAGGCUUGACAAGCUCAAAACGUUGAAAGGGUU